AGUAUCUAGUCUAGGCGCAGUGGAUUAUGGGUAGUUCUUUGACUCGGCCAUAACUGUCUUUCUCUCAGCGACUGAAGGAGAGAAGCGGAGUCAUGACGGGGUUCAGAGGUUUCAGUCUUCUCUCCAGGCGAUGUUACGCCGCCGCCAGGAGGAGUGAGGCAUUGACUGAACCUCUGGUCACCCGAAAACCUGCAGCGGCACCAGCCCUCACUCCCCAGGACGUCCAGGUGUCCAAGCUUCCCAGCGGUCUUCUCGUCGCAUCUCUGGAGAACUACUCCCCCGUCUCUAAAAUCGGUGUGUUUGUGAAAGCCGGCAGCCGCUACGAGACAGCGGAAAACCUGGGCGUCACGCACAUCCUGCGGUUAGCGAGCAAUCUGACCACUAAAGGUGCGUCAGCGUUCAGGAUCUGUCGGGGUCUGGAGGCAGUGGGCGCCAGUUUGAGUGUGACGUCAUCGAGGGAACACAUGGUCUAUUCUCUGGACUGUCUGAGGGAUGAUUUUGACGGUGUCGUAGAGUACCUUGUCAAUGUGACCACGGCUCCGGACUUCAGACCCUGGGAGCUGUCUGACCUCUCGUCAAGGGUCAGGAUAGACAAGGCCGUGGCCGACCAGAGCCCACAGAUAGGUGUUCUGGAGAAGCUGCAUGAAGCUGCUUAUAAGAACGCUUUAUCCAACUCUCUGUACUGUCCAGACCACAUGCUGGGGAAGAUCAGUGUGGAUCAUCUGCAACAGUUCUUUGCCAGUAAUUACACCAGUGCAAGAAUGGCCCUGGUUGGAUUAGGCGUCAGUCAUGCUGCUCUGAAGCAGGUGGGCGAGCAGUUCUUCAGCACACACGCUGGGACAGGUGCAGCAGGGGCUAAAGCCGUUUACCGCGGCGGUGAGCUGCGAGUGCAGAGUGGUGGAGGUCUGGUGCAUGCUCUGCUGGCGUGUGAAGGAGCCGCGGCGGGCUCCGCGGAGGCCAACGCCUUCAGCCUGCUGCAGAGGCUUCUGGGUACAGGACCACACGUCAAGAGAGGAUCCAGCAUCACCAGCAAACUCAGCCAGGGCAUCGCCAAAGCCACCACUCAGCCGUUCGAUGCCAAGGCUUUCAGUGCUACCUACUCGGACUCCGGCCUCUUCGGAGUCUAUGUCAUCUCACAAGCAGACUCGGCCCGCGAGGUGAUCAACGCAGCCAUGGCCCAGGUGAUGGCUGUAGCUGAAGGAAGACUUACUGCAGAUGACCUGACCAGAGCCAAGACCCAGCUGAAGAGCGAUUAUCUGAUGUCUUUGGAGAGUUCCGAGGGUCUUCUGGAGGAGCUGGGAGUUCAGGUUCUGAGCAGCGGCGUCUACAGCUCGCCCCAGACUGUGGCGCACAACAUCGACUCGGUGACCUCCGCUGACCUGGUCAAAGCUGCAAAGAAGUUUGUUGAGAGCAAGAAGACCAUGUCAUGUUGUGGACAUCUGGCAAACACACCAUUUGUUGAUGAAUUGUGAGAGAAAGUCCCAGUCUAAGUGCACACAUUGUGCAGCUGCUUAUUUGAGUGUAAAAACACUCUUAAACUUGUGUGAAUCCCUGAUUGCGGUUGAGAGUUGUUUCAGUUCAUCAUGAAGUCUGGUUCACUGGGAGCAGAGGCAGCAAUUUCACUGUAUAUCUGAUGUACAUCCAUUAAAACAAAUAUAUCUGUGA